UCUCAACUUGCACCUGCACCGUGAGAUUGAGCUACUGCACUAUCGGACAGGCCUUCAGACGCAGCACAUCCACCAGAUGGAGGCGAGCAUGAUGGUGAGCGAACCCAAAAAUGGAGAGGUCGCCUACCUACGCGAUGAGCUGCAGGCCCUGCAGUCCAAGUAUGACAGAUUGAUAGAAAGCCACCGGAAAAUACAGAAAGUCAAUCAAAAUCUCGAGGAAAAGGUGCUUAAAAUAGUUGACCAAUGUGAGACAGAAAAAUCUACUCUUAACAACGAAGUGACCAUACUCUCUGGAAAACUGCUUGAUGCAAAGGUCACACUCUGUGAUCUGGAAGAUGAAAACGAGCGGCUAAGGAAUGAUUGCAGUCUUGCUGUGCAGCUACUACAAUGCAAGCCUUCCAACUUUGUCUCACAGAAGCUCGAGUCCCUGCCAAGCGACCUGAAGCAUCGCAUCCGCUCGCACAUGACACAUGAUCAGCUGCGGCAGUACGAGCAUCGAGCGCGGCGCUGGGCCACCGUCGCC